AUGCCCCCAGAACGCGUCCCGCCCCCUCCGCCCGGCGUCAAAGCCGCGCCGAUCCUUAGCGCCGCCCCGCGCGAGGCCUUCCCGAAGCGCCUGCUCGCCCGAUAUCUGCGCGCCCUUGCGACGCGCCCGCUCCGCACCAAAAUGAUCACGAGCACAUGUCUCUUCGCGACGGGGGACACGCUCGCGCAGUUCGGCAUCGAGGGGCGGCGGCUGCCAUGGCUUCGGGAAGAAGGGGGGGACAAGGAUGAGGUGUGGGACCCGGUGCGGGCUGCGCGGCUCAUGUUCUAUGGCGGGUUCGUGUUUGCGCCGCUCGCGCAUAACUGGAUCAACUUGCUCGAGCGGGUACAAUUCAGCUCGCGGUUGAAAACGCUGGCUGCACGCGUCGCGCUCGACCAGGUUGUGUGGGGGCCGUUUAUCGUGUGCUUGUUUUGGACGACGAACGGGUUCCUCGAAGGCAAGAGCCCGUCCGAGGUCAAGGCCAAGCUCGAGAUGGCCUUCGUGCCCGUCUACACCAAGUCGCUGAUGGUGUUUGGCCCGACUGCGCUUAUCAACUUUGCGUUCGUGCCGCUUCAGCACCGGCUGUUGGUUGGGCAGAGUGUGGGACUGGGCUGGAACACCUAUCUCUCAUAUCUCAACCACGUCAACAACAAGCGCCUGGCAGCAGCUGCGGCCGCGCUGUCGAGCGCCGAGUUGCGCGAGGCGGAAAGCGUUGCUGCACACAUCGAUGCGUCAGCCGCACACGCCGACGUGGAGAAGCAGAAGGCAGCAGUGGAGGCGGCGCGCGCGCGCAAGGAGAAGCUGCUGGCUUCACAGGGCGGCGGCGCGACGGGUGUUGGGACACGCAUGGGCGUGUAG